AUGGCCUCCUAUGAUAAAGCUAGAGAUGCCCUGGAUGAGCUAGAGCAGAUUGAAAAUGCCAUUAGUAGCCGUUUCAAGCGAAAUCCAGAGCUAUUUUACCGAACCACCGAUAGCUGGAAGGCGAUGAAGAUGCCGUGGGACUUCCCCUCAAUUUCAGAAGCAGAUAAAGCUGCCAACAAAGUCUUCUCAGUCAGUAAACCACGACGCAAUCGCAAACAAGUUUCAGCUCAAGAGCACGAGAUAAACAUGUUUUUGGAAGAAUAUCAGAAGAACUGUAGUUUACUGACGACCCUGAAGUUUGAGGAUAGCGAGAAGUAUAAGAUUCCAGAUGGAUCUGUCGACAAAUUACUUCGUGACAUUGACGACAUUGAGAAACGGUUUGCAAAUAGAAGUUUGGAAGAUGGACUCGUUGACGAAUACGGGAUGUUUUCAAGCUCCACGGCAGAGAUCAAAAACUUACUCUCCUUGAAAGCUCAGAACCUGGACAUAAAUACUGUCUUCGCGCGUGACGAGCUCUACGGGGAUGUCCUAGAUUUAGGAUUGUUUCACCAGCGGUGGCUGGGAGUAGUGAAAAACAGCGAAUGUACAUUUCUGCAGUUUAUCGCCGAAAUGGAAAAGUACAAGGAUUUUACUUUUCUACUUAGACCUGCCGUUGAUCGUAGUAGUGCAAGGUAUCGGGAGUUCGUGGUACUUUUGCUAACUUACGUGGAAGGAUUUGCAAAACGCACUUACCCUUUACUGGAUUGGGAUGCGAUAGAUACUAAAUUAUCAAUCGAUUUCGGAGAAUUCCUUGUAAAACCGAUCCCGGGAGACCAAGAAGGUACCAUUUUUUGUGUGCCGUGCUAUAAACAUUUCAAAGUCGAAACUGUGUAUCGAUCGCACCUAUCGGGUAAGAAGCACUUAACUAAUUUGACCAAGAACAAAGAUUUUCUGGCGAGGGAACACAAAUUGCACGAACUCUUCACGUUUCUUGCCCGUGAAGUCUCGCAUACUCGUGAGUUCAUAGAGCGUAAACUUGCUUUUACGUCCGAAGAGCGAGCACAGGAGAUGGAACGCCUCUCGCAGGUCUAUGACGCUCCGCUCUUAGGCCCCCACGAACCAGAGGAGGACGUUGAUCAUAGUCAAGAUAGAUCUGUACAAAGAGAAACUGAGUUGGGAGCUGGUGAGUCGAUUGAUCUGCCGCUGGGCCCAGACGGUUUUCCAAUGCCGUAUUGGCUUUACAAGUUACAAGGGCUUGACAUCGAAUACCGGUGUGAAAUUUGUGGAAAUCACGUAUACAAAGGACGAAGACAAUUUGAAAAGCAUUUCUCUGAACUACGUCAUAACCUGGGCCUUCGGAAGCUUGGAAUAGAGUCCUCCUCGGUCUUUCAGGGAGUUACAUCUAUUGUGGAAUCACAAAAGUUAGCGGCGCACCUCAAAGAACGGUCCACCGUCUCUGCCCAACCUGGUACGACCAAGCUUGAUGUUGAAGUCGAAGAUGAUGAAGGGAACGUUAUGAGCAUGCAAGUUUACCAGGAACUUAAGAAGCAAGGACUUCUGUGA